AUGAAUAAGCUAAAGCAGCUGGCUCUCGCCUCCAUAACGUUGGGCCGAAAAGCCAUCAUCGUAGGCUUCUCACCUUCCAGUAUCUCCCAGGGCCUGGCCGUACCGCUCCAGAAUGCCACCAAAGAUGAACAAGAAGUCAUGUUACGUCGUUUCAUCGAAGCAAAGCACGAUGAACUGGCGUCGAUCAUGAUUGCAAGUGCUCUUGUCGCAUCACUCGUCGCAGCGCUUCUCUCAUGGCAAUGGUUUCCGAUUCCAGCAUGGACAUGUAAAGUUGCUAUGCUAUGCGCUCUGCUGCACUGUCUCAUCGGCCGUGGUAUCGCAUGCCAGCAAUCCAUUGCUUUGAACAGAGUGACCAUCCAUCCAAAGAGCAACGACAUCAUCCGUCAAGUGCUGCUAGGGCGCUCUUCCUCCAGCCCCAGUGCUACUGAUGUCGGCUUCUGGGUACAUACUUCGUGGCAGAUUCCGACGAUACUGCUCGGCAAUAGCAUUGUUUUCGUGGUCGUCGGAUUGGCGAUCGCUGUCUACACUGCAGCUCGGGAGUCCACGAGCCGGGGAGAUGAGAGCAACACGGCCAUCUGCUUUUCGAUUUCGCUCCUGUUCAGUGCUGGAUGUUACUUUGUGUCCUGGUUGUCGAUCGAGUGGAAGCUGCAGCAAGCACUGCUGGCGGCGUCGUAG